AUGCCGGACGUUUCCAGCCAAGUGGCUGUGAUUGAACGCCUAGAGCGCGAGGAGAUUCCUCUCCUUGGUGUGAGCUUCGGGUCCAUUAAAGUAACCCCCGGCGAGAAGGUCGAUAGGAAAGACACCAUUCCAACGCCCUCCCUCACUGUUCCUGCCCAGCUCUCCAAGGGCCUAUACACAGCCAUCUGUCUGGACUUGGACGCACCGUUCAGGUCGUUUAACCUCGCGAGUCCAAUCGCCCAUUGGGUUCAAACUGAUCUGAGUGCUUCUUCCCCAGAGAGUCUGGAGCUCAAGAGCGCGCAGGCACCGGUUGCCCCUUGGAUUGCUGCCGGCCCUCCUCCUGGAGCGGCACCGCACCGUUAUUUGGUCCUCCUCUAUGAGCAGCUUCCGUCUUUGUCUGAUGCACCUAACCUCGAGCCUUUCAGCACUUUCCAGCGUGUGCGAAUUGAUGUUGAUGCUCUGACAAAGAAGCUACAUCUAGGAGAAAUGGUCGCAGUCAAUUAUUUCGUUUCCAACUAG